CGCAUCGUACCUCAACUCGACCGGGCAACGCAACGCAACGCAUCGAGAUUGAAGAAAAUCUGAUGAUCCAGUGCCAACUCGUAGGACUCGAAAAAAAAGAGUACAACUAAAAGAAAAGUGUCGAUGUCAAUGGAAUUGUAACUUGAUCAGCGUGAAGCGCGCUUCUUAUCAGAGCUGUACUACGACGAUAACCCAGAUGGACCUUUGAGACUAUUCUCAGCCACACUAGACAAUAGAAGACAACUGAAAACACCUUGCGCUUGUCUCUAUCAAAAACGUGAUUCAUACUUACAAAACUAAAAAUUUCUAAGGAUCCGACCAUCGUGUAGUGAGGGUUAUGAUCGGAAAAAAUCGCAUUGCAUUAACCAGUCUGGUGGGCCUGCUGCUUGCCACCUUGGGUCUAAUAUCUAUUCUAAAUUUCGAGCGCAUACAACGACGCACCUUAGAGUGGUGUAUGGUGCUCAAGCCCAACUCUAUGCUAAUCAACCUGUGGCAGUCGCCCACCUUGGGCAUGACAGCAAAUGUUUUCAUUUUCAACUGGACAAACUCGGAACAGUUCAACAAUCCCAAUGUCAAGCCGCGCUUUGAGGAGCUGGGGCCGUACGUCUUUACGGAAAGACAGGAGAAAUUGAAUGUGGUCUGGCAUCCAGAGAACUACACAGUGUCCUAUAUGCGGCGAAGUCACUUCUACUUUGACCAGGAGGCGAGUGCACGAAAUCUCACGGACUCCAUUGUGGCCCCAAAUACGCUGAGCGUGGGGCUACUCAACAAGAUGCAGAAAUGGAACCCGAUGCUGCGCACUUUGAUGUUAAUGGCCAUCAACAUGAAUGGCAAUGAGCCGACCUUUGUGAGGCCGGCCGAUGAUUGGCUCUUCAGUGGCUUCGAUACUCCGCUGAUCAAGAUUAGCAAAAUGGUGCCCACUCGCAUGGUGCCGGAGUUACACUUCCCAUACGAGCGCAUUGGCUAUGGCUAUCCGCGCAACGACAGUGAACAGAUCUAUGGGCAUCACAAUGUCUACACUGGUCAGGACGACUUCAGAAAGCUGGGUCAAAUAGCGCGCUGGCGCUACGAUAAUGUAACAGCUGGUCAGCCCAAUUGCAAGCUGAGUGGCAGUAUGGGAGAGUUCCAUCCCAUUCCGCUGCGACAAGGCAGGCCGAUCUCAUACUUCGUACCCGACAUUUGCCGAGAGCUGAUAUUGGACUAUGCGGGCACGACCAUCUUUGAGGGUAUUCCGGCAUACGUUUACAAGAGCACUCCACGGAAUAUGGCAAACGGCACCGAUAAUCCUGAUCACAGCUGCUACUGCACGGGCAACUGCAAGGAGGUGCGAUCAGGCGUACUAAAUCUGUCCGCCUGCUGGUAUGAUGUGCCUAUAUUUGCCUCCUCUCCACAUUUCUAUAAUGCCGAUCCGUACUACGUUGAUGGUGUGGAGGGCAUGAAGCCCGACAAGGAUCGUCAUGAGAUGAGCGUCAUACUGGAGCCCACAACUGGGAUGCUGUUGGACAUCAAAGCGCGACUUAUGAUCAGUCUACUGGUGGAGCCUCGUCCAGAAUCCGUAUUUCGAAAGUCCCGUCGAACUUUCUUUCCACUCGUCUGGGUUGACUAUAGGGUCCGCAUCACGCCCGAUCUACUAAUCUAUCUAAAGCUCUUACCUAUUUCGGCACUGAUAGGUAAGAUCUGUAGCUGCAUUGCUGUCGGAUUGGGCUUCGUGCUAUUACUCUGGUAUCCGCGUCAGAUCAUUUUGCAUAAGCACUUUAUGCGAAAGAUCGAUAUAACUAACUUGGAAAACCGAAGGCAGGUCCCGGCGACUGGAGAACUUAAGGCCCAAGGAGUCGAGGACUCCCCUCUACUCGUGGGGUUGCAGUUUGUGCCCUCAUCUGGUGAUGCGAUAGCCAAACCACAUAACAUGUCAACAGGUUGCGGAAGUGACGUGCACAUCGGCUCAAGGAUACCUGUGCAAGCAGCGUCAACGACUCCGGCGACGAGAAAUCACAAGCGCUUAGCCUCAGUGCAGCGCAGUAAGAGCAAGAGAACAGGCGUAAAGAAGGCAACGAGAGUUGCCUGCAGAACAACAACAAAAGCAACAAGCGAAGCCUUUUGUGCAGGCACGACCAGAGACGCUGACAGCAAUCGUCAUCGAAAAUCGCAACAAAAGCAACAAGAAGAGCAGCCCGCAGAGAUGACGUCACGUGCACGCCACUGCGCCUGGCGGCUCAGCAUUGUCAUUCUAGGCGCUUGCUGCAUAGCCGCUGGCGUUUACCUUCUGCGCAACUGGAUUGACAUAUUUACGCGCAUGCGCGGCAGGGAAAUGGCCCUCAGUCCCACAUCACCAGCGUUUGAGGGCUGGAAAGUGUCGCCGUUGCCGCUAAACUUUGAUGUUUAUUUAUUCAAUUGGACAAAUCCCGAGGAUUUGUACGAGGGCUCAAAGAGGAAACCGCACUUUGAGCAACUGGGGCCCUAUCGAUUUCGAGAGAAGCCCGAUAAGGUCGACAUCGAGUGGCACAAUCACAAUGCUUCGAUUUCAUUUCGGAAAAAGGCAUAUUUCUACUUCGAUGCUGCGGGCAGCAAUGGUACGCUCCAGGAUAUCGUCACCUCGGUGAACACAGUGGCGCACGCGGGUGCCAAACGUUUAAGCGAAUUGAACACGUUGUUUCAAUUUGUGGCAUCGACCACGCUGAGCUCCACACAGGAGAUCAGUGAGACGCGGACUGCCGAGGAGUGGUUAUUCAAGGGCUUUGUGCAUAAGCUGGUGACUCUGGGUAAAUUUAUUAGCCCAGAGAAUGUGCCGUUCGAUCGCAUCGGCUAUCAGUACGGCCGGAAUGGGAGCACCAGCUUUGAUGGCGACAUCAAUAUGUUCACUGGCGCUGAUGAUAUCCGUAAAAUGGGACAAAUCUAUUCCUGGAACAAUAAGACACACACGGGCGCUUAUAGUGGAGCCUGUGGCAACGUUAUGGGCUCCAUGGGUGAAUUCUUUCCUCCCAAUUUGAACACCAGUGAACCCGUCUACCUCUACAUGCCCAAAAUGUGCCGAGCCGUGCCGCUGGACUAUACGGAAACAGUCACCAUCCAUGGCAUCACUGCAUACAAAUACAGCGGCACUCGGCACGCCGUAGACAAUGGCACAAUGUAUCCGGACACCAGUUGUCUGUGCGUGGAUGGGCAAUGCUUCCCGGCCGGUGUUAUUAACAUCAAGUAUUGCAGCUAUAACACGUCCAUCUUCAUGUCCUAUCCGCACUUUUAUCUGGCCGAUCCCAUCUAUCUGGAAGCAUUGGAUGGACUGCAUCCGGAGAAGGAAAAGCAUGAAUUUUACAUGGCCUUGGAGCCAAAUGCUGGCGUGCCCAUGGAUGUAGGCGGUGGGUUCCAGGCUAAUUAUCUGAUGGAGCCGGUUUCGGGCGUCGCACUUUAUGCGCGUGUGCCACGCAUUUUGCUGCCCCUUAUGUGGGCUGAAGAGCGAGUGCGGGUCAGUGAGGAAAUCGCUAGCAACAUUGGUUUAGUUCCACUCAUAGUAAUGCUGGGCCAAGUAUUUACGGGCAUUCUCUUAGCCGGCGGACUUAUUUGCGCCUGUUGGUAUCCCACGCGCAAAUUGACGAGCCUCUGCCACAGCGACGAUCCCAAAGCCAAGGCGGCGGUCCUUCGGCCGCUUACCUCACUGGCCGUUGGCGCCAGUGCGACUGGAGCAACGUUAACUGUGCAGCAGUUAUUCCGCCAGAAUCCCAGCCACAACGAGCGCGUGGGCGUGCGCCUGUUAGAUUACAGGCGGAGCUCAGGGAUUGAGGAGGGCGACGACGGAAGUAGCCACGGCAAUACGUCUAGAGAUCGCCUGAUUGAGAGCUGUUCAACAGAUGUGAUAAUUAGCUAACGUAAU